CCUUUUUGGUUGGAUUCACUUCAGUCGAGUGUGGAAGUCUUAUGGAGUCGAAUGGGUGUUAUUGAGCCAGGAGAUUUUCAAAACAAACUGGAAUUUGUGACAUGAGUCCGAAGUUGCCCAAGGCGAGUUUUGAACCGUGACAGUGUGACUCAGGGAUACUAAAGUGCUGUUGUCCAGUGUUGUUUUCUUGGAAACGAUUGAAGAAAAAAAACCAAGCUAUUUAGAAACAGACACUUUGACUUGAAAUUCAAAAUGGAUUUCAAAUCAUUCAUCUUUCUCGUGUUCUUUCAAAUUUGCCAAGGUUUGCCUCAACAAUUCAUCGCAUACAGCGAGCCCGCCUCCCGGGGCUCCUCGUCGAAUUCCUUCUCCCAAAGUGAACCCACCAUCGUCACGGAUGGAGAGGUGUUUCGGGUUCAGAUCGGAGAGACGUUACUACUGCCGUGUCAGGUUCGGGAUCUCGGUCCCAUGAUUCUUCUGUGGAAGAAAGGUACGCGUGUCCUCACUGCCGGAGGCCUGCAGGUCCGUAGGGACGACCGAUUUAACCUCCAAGGGACCAAUCUCCAGAUCAAGGACAUUGAACGAGAAGACUCGGGAGAGUAUGUCUGCGAAUUGGAGACCGACGAGGAGCAACCGACGGCCAUCGUUCAUUCCGUGGAAAUCUUAGUUCCACCCACAAUCAGUACGGAGCCGAGUAACGGUCAGAUCGUAGUGAAGAGAGGCACCACCGUCUCGUUGAGUUGUGAGGCCCGAGGCCAUCCUCAGCCUCAAUUGUCCUGGUCCAAGUCCCACGAUCAGAUGCCCAAGAGCGAUAUCACGAGUUCCGGGUCAACUUUGAUCUUGGCCGAUGUGACUCGUCACCACGCGGGUGUCUACAAGUGUCAUGCCUCUAAUGGAGUGGGUCAAGAUGCCACGCAGGAUAUUCACCUCCAAGUUUUAUGUAAGUUGGGGUCAAGCAAUUUGGAGGCGAUUAACACGCUAUUGUACAUUGAGCCACCAUAAAUCGAAGUGGAAUAC